AUGAGUUUUGGAGGUUCUUUAAUUCUUACCGGCAUUGGGGCUUUCAUCUACAAGUAUGAUCAUGAUCAACAAUUUGAGAAACAUCCUGAUUCUCAAUUAGCAUUCAGGGAUUAUGGCCAUAACGUUUUUAGGAAGGAAGGCGAAUCACUGACUAAAAGAGUUUCAAAGGCAAGUGGGAAUUUUGUUGAUGAAUUCUUCGAUGGUAGUGCAUUUUUGUACCCACACAAAGGAGUUCAAAUGUUUUUAACCCACAAAACUGAAUAUUCCUUGAGUAUACUGGGAAUCUUAGCAAUAUACCUAUUAAUGUUUACCCUAGUGAGUAUGUUUUAUUGGGGGACCAUUACACCGAUGUAUACAACGUUCUUUGCAGUAUUUGGACCACCAGGAAUGAUUUUAACAUGGGUCCACUCGUUUUUGCACACAAAUAUGUUAACAAUGAUGUUUAUGAGAUUAUGCCACUUCAAUAACCACAUGGUCUCUACAACAUUAAAAUUAAAAGGCUUAGAAACUGUUUACAAUAAAGACCCAAUAAAAUAUUAUGUCCCCAUUUCAACAUUAUAUUUUUGGGUAUUUUAUGUGCCAUUAAAAAUCAUCAAGUAUUUCCUUGGAUUUAUUGGGCUUUUAAUCUUACUACUGAUAUCCUCUUUCCCACUUUUAGGUCCACCUGUUUUCCACCUGUUAAUUUCACCAUUCAUCUCAAAGGUAUAUUUUACGAAGAUUAUGAGAUUACAAGGUGUUGAUAGCAUUAAACGCUAUAAUAGAAUUUUUGAUCAAUUUGGUCAAUAUGCUGCAUUUGGAUUAGCAGCAGGUUUGCUUGAAAAUAUACCAUUUUUGGCAGGAUUUGCAUUAUGUACAAAUACCAUUGGUGGUGCUCUAUGGGGCAUUGAUCAAAAAUUGUAG